AUGAAGAGCGGCUAUCGCAUUGCACUCUCUCUCUCCUUAAUCGUCUGCAUCCCCGCAUACUUUCUGCUCGCUCAUUUCGCAGACCUCUCCGAUCAGUAUCACGCUGGCGUCUACCUGAUCGACUGGCUAAGCAGCAAAGAUACCCACCUAGACAAAUGGGCUGCCUACAAUGGAACUAUCAGGGACAAGGUGGUUGUCAUGGCAAGGCUCGAAGAGGAGCCUGUACACUGGGUCCAUGACGAACUUCCAGAUUGGCAACGCGCCAUUUAUACAGUAAAUCCAUCCGCGGACACAGUCACCGAUAGCAACCGCCUCAAGACACCACGCAACAAAGGCCACGAGUCAAUGGCCUACCUUACCUACUUAAUAGACUAUUACGACAACCUCCCAUCCACAAUCGCCUUCGUCCACUCCCAUCGCUCGGGGUUCCUCAUGGCCUGGCACGUUGAUGCUCCAAUGCACGAUAAUGUCGCCGCUCUGCGCUCAUUGCAGCUCGAUUUCGUCCAGCGCAACGGCUACGUCAAUCUCCGGUGCAACCAAAACCCUGGCUGCGGCGCCCCCGAUAAACCAAAUGGACACGUCACUGAGGAUGUUUGGACGGAAAUAUUUGAAGGAACUAGCACGCCGCCUCUAAACUCAACUACAAGUCCAAGUUCACUCGACGAAGACGACGAAUACAGCCACGAUCACCACGAAAAGAAAUCGAAAUACCUCCAAAUGCCCACCUCAGUCGCAGCAGCAUGUUGCGCACAGUUCGCCGUAUCGCGAGACCAGGUCCUCCAGCGACCGAAGGAAGAUUACAUCAAGAUCAGACAGUGGGUGAUCGAUACCGAUAAAAACGACGCCGCUAGCGGUCGGGUUAUGGAGUAUAUCUGGCACGUUAUCUUUGGCAAAGACUCUGUAUACUGUCCUGACCAGGAACUUUGCUAUUGCCAGGUAUACGGGCAAUGCUGA